AUUUUUCCUUCACUGCUGUAUAAAUCAUGACUUUUCACAAACCAACCUGCAAUCAAUGUUAAUACUCUGCUAAUCUAUGCUGUGUUGCUGCUGUGCCAAAAUCUUAAUCACUUUUGCCAGAGUUAAAAGAUGGAUCCCAGAGAAAGAAGAAGUUCGUAUUUCAAGGUUGGCUGUAUUCCCUGGUGAAUGAACAGUGGGGCCUUGUGCCAUGCCAUAGACUUUGAGGCAAGGCAUGAACUGGGGAACAUGAUGCAGCUAAGCAGGUCUGAGUUUGAUCAACACCAGGUUGGGAGACUACCCAGGAACCCCAUGUACUACAACAGCUUAUCUACUCUGGUGCAGAACAAUCCAAUCUUUAAGAUCUUCCAAAGAGACCCUAUUGGUCAUUUCAUGGCCAGCAGACAGUUAUCACAUGGUGACAAAUGGGUCUUCUCAGCGGUAGUACCUACCACUGGGAUGUCCUCCCUCAAGUCAUUUGUGAUUGCAUGUCCAACUACACUCAACCUUCCCUUGUCUGUAUACUAAAACCCAAGAGGACAUGAUAAACUUCCUCCCAUGGGUCCCAGUACUUCCACUUUGUCAAUCAGUUGGUGAGGACCAGGUCCAAGAUAGAUGGUAAUAUGGGGGUCGGAGGACAGUAUUUGCCAACAGUUAUUUAUUUUGCUGUUUUAUGGUGUGCGUGGUCACUUACUGCUCAUUUUCUUAAACAGUUAAAUACAUACGGGACACUACUUUUCGUAUAGAUAUGCUGCUAUUUAUACAGACUACAGAUUUCAUCAUUGAGUCAUGCAACGCCAUAUCCUCUGCAUUCUUGUGCUGGGAGUUUCGUCGGUGAGAAUGUCAGAUCCAGAGCCAUGCAACUGUGAAGAGAAAGUGCGAGCCGGCUGCACGGUUAUUCAUGGAAGCAAUGGAUUGCCAGGCAUCCCUGGGAGCAAUGGACUGCCAGGAAGAGAUGGGAAGGAAGGUCCUCGAGGUGAAAAAGGAGAGCAAGGUUUACGAGGAAUGCAGGGACCCCCAGGAAAAGCUGGGCCUCCUGGCCUUAAAGGGGAAAGUGGUCAGAAAGGUGACUGUGGAGGAAAAGAACUUGAACUGCUCAAAACACAUAUUAGUGAUUUACAAGGAGAGCUGAAGGCUUUGCAGCUGACCGCAAGCAAAACCCAGAAAGCCAUUCUAGGUUACAUUUUCUCAAACAGCACAAGAGUAGGAGGAAAACUAUUUGUGAUUAAUGGAGAUGACGGUGAUUAUGAGACUUCAAAAGCGACGUGUAACCAUUUCGGUGGCCAGGUUGUUUCUCCAAGGAAUGAAAAUGAAAACAACGCUGCACUGAAACUCUCUGCAAAAAUGGGAAGAAAAGUAUUUUUGGGAAUGAAUGACCAGGAAACAGAAGGCAUCUUCAAGCAUCUUAAUGGCGAACCAAUGGAAUAUUCAAACUGGGCACCAAAAGAACCCAAUGGGGUGGAAGAGGACUGCAUAGAAAUGUAUCCAGAUGGCAAAUGGAAUGACAUCUCAUGUAAUGUGGCUCGGUUAAUAAUGUGCGAAUUUUGAUCUGACUGUCUUUAUGGGUGUUUCUAGAUGUAUUAAAUCAGAAUUCAAAAAUCUGUUUAUUUAUUUUUAUUUUUGCUUUUAAUUUUAAUUUUUUAUUGCAUUUACUUGAUAACAUAACAUUAUUAUAUAUGGUCUUUUUGGGGGGGGAAUUACAAAACAAUGUCAGUUCAAAAUACAAUACAGUUCACCAUACACUCCUACAUAUAUACACUUAAGAUUCCCCCCCCAUGCCUUUACCUUUUCUAUUUUCCUGUUGUACAAAACUUGAAAUUAAACUAAUUAUACUAUCUUAUAAUUUCUUACUAAUUUUUAGAACCUUUUCAUUCAUAUAUACGGAAAUCAUUCAAUAAGCUGUUUAAUUGACCAAAUUAGAGAACUUCAGGCACCUUGUGUACCAAAUUCCAAAGAGUAGUAGGUUUGCUGGUAUGGUAGUAUGGAGGCCAAGAAGCUAAUAAUACAGUCAUACCUUGGAUCCCCAACGUUUUGGCUCCCGAACGCCGCAAACCCAGAAGUGAGUGUUCCGGUUUG